GAGACCAGCAGCCUAUGAACGAAGAGCCUUCUCCUCAAAUUUCAUUACCAUCCUCUUGCUCUCUCUCUCACUCUCACCUUCUCGUUAUGUAUAAAGCUCCGGCCUUUUCUUAAUUCUUAGCUAGCUAAGUGUAUUAGUAAGCAAGAGAGGAUUUAAGAAAAAGGAGCGGCAAUGAAAAGCUAGCUAAAGCCUCGGCCUUUCUCAGAGCACAGAUCCCUACGAAAAUGCAAUGGUAGUGACUUAGUAUUUAAUUGGUGGAGCUCAUUCUCUUUGUUCAUAGUUUGAACUUUAAAGGGUUAGCUAUGAAAUCUAUUAUCAACAACAACAACAAUUGGCUGGGAUUCUCUCUCUCCUAAUAUCAACAUGCAGUCUCCUUGUUCUUCGUCUGUCCAAGACUGCAGCAGCAUCUUCAGCUAUGGAGCAGAGAGUGAUGCUGCAGAGCUCUACUCUCAGUUAUCAUUCAUGCCCAUAAAAUCUGAUGGUUCUCUCUGCAUCAUGGAAGCCCUCAACAGAUCACAAAACCAAGGUAUGGUGCAAUCUGCAUCACCAAAACUAGAAGACUUCUUGGGGGCCCGUCUUCAGUAUGGGGCUAAUGAGACAGAAACAACUGCAACUACAACUAUUGCAGACACAAUGUAUUACUACAACCAAAAUCAGCCAUAUUUCCAGCAUUUUAAUGAGAUGCAACAUCAUCAGCAGCAGCAGGAAAACCAAAAUCAGCCAAUGGAGGGAGAAGAAGAUGACAAUGGGUUUUGUUUCUCAAUCAAGAACUGGGCCUCAGUUGAGGGAAUGGGCCUUUCAAUGAGCCCAGUAUCCGAAUCAAGCUAUGUCAAUGCUCAGCAGAGUACUGCAGCUUUAGAUGUGAUAGCAAAGAAGAGAGGAUGUGGGAAAGGUGGACAGAAGAAAACCGUCCAUAGGAAAUCUAUUGAGACUUUUGGACAGAGAACUUCUCAGUAUAGAGGUGUUACCAGGCAUAGGUGGACUGGCAGAUAUGAAGCGCAUCUUUGGGAUAAUAGUUGCAAGAGAGAAGGACAAACUAGAAAAGGGAGGCAAGUUUAUCUUGGGGGUUAUGACAGGGAAGAAAAAGCAGCAAGAGCUUAUGAUUUGGCUGCACUAAAGUAUUGGGGGCCUUCAACUCAUAUAAAUUUCCGACUUGAGAAUUACAGUCAAGAACUCGAAGAGAUGAAGAGUAUGAGCAGGCAAGAAUAUGUUGCUCAUCUGCGAAGAAAGAGCAGUGGGUUCUCUAGAGGAGCUUCAAUGUAUAGAGGAGUAACAAGGCAUCAUCAGCAUGGGAGAUGGCAAGCUAGAAUAGGGAGAGUUGCCGGAAACAAAGAUCUUUAUCUUGGAACCUUCAGUACUCAAGAGGAGGCAGCAGAGGCCUACGACAUCGCCGCCAUAAAAUUCCGAGGGACAAGUGCAGUCACCAACUUCGACAUAACAAGAUAUGACGUAAAUAAGAUCACAGCGAGCAGCGCUCUGCUUUCUGGCGAACAAGCUCAUCGGUCCAAACCUAGAAAACCUGACAUUAUCUUCGAAGACAACAGCCACAAUGCUAGCUCAGACUGGAACAUGUUACUCCAAGGAUCACUGAGCCAGACACCGCCAACAGUUGAAUCGGUCUCUGUAGCGUUCAAUGUUUCAGACCCGAGUUCAUUGAUGACUAGCCUUAAAAGCUCGAGAGAGGGGAGCCCAGAUCGGAUUGAGCCCAAGUUUAUCCAUGCUGGGUCUAGUCACUUAUUUGGCCUUAUGCCCUUGUUUGCUGCUUGGAGUGAUGCUUAGAGCUCAUGUUUCAUUUCGUUUUCUAACUAUUUGUAGUUUGUAGUCGGUUCAGUUUUCCAGAUUGAUAAUAGUAGCUUUAGUGUGUUUUUUCUAAUUUAACUUGUAUUUGUAACGGUGUUGUUUUGUGUAAGAAGAGCUAGGGCUUGCUAUUACAAACUAUAGCGAAGUUGAUAUUUUAGUGAA